CCACUGUACAAGUCUCUCAGAUGCUGCUGCGCGCCGGUGUGUUCGGGACGGUAGCGGCUCAUGGAGAGUGUCGGUGCCCUGGAGGCGCCGGUAAAACGGCAGGCGGUGAAGAGACACCACCACAAACACAACCUCAAACACCGCUACGAUUUCCUGGAGACCCUCGGAAAGGGCACCUAUGGGCGGGUCAAGAAGGCCAUGGACCGGUCCGGCACAGCGGUGGCCAUUAAAUCAAUCCGUAAGGAGAAGAUCAGAGAUGAGCAGGAGCUCACACACAUCCGGCGGGAGAUCGAGAUCAUGUCGUCUCUCAGCCACCCGCACAUCAUCAGCAUUUAUGAAGUGUUCGAGAACAAGGAUAAGAUCGUGAUAGUGAUGGAGUUGGCCAGCAGAGGAGAUCUAUUCGACUACAUCUGUGACUCUCAGCCGCUGGCAGAGACGCAGGCCAGACACUUCUUCAGACAGAUCGUCUCUGCUGUACACUACUGCCACAGGAACGGGAUCGUCCAUCGUGACCUGAAGCUGGAGAACAUCUUGCUGGACUGCAACGGCAAUAUAAAAAUCGCAGACUUCGGCCUGUCCAACUUGUACCGCGGUGAUAAACUGCUGCAGACGUACUGCGGGAGUCCCCUGUACGCGUCUCCGGAGAUCGUGAACGGCCGUCCGUACAGGGGGCCCGAGGUGGACAGCUGGUCUCUGGGGGUCCUGCUCUACACACUGCUGCACGGAGCCAUGCCAUUCGACGGACACGACCACCGCAUACUGGUGCAGCAGAUCAGCAGUGGGAGCUACAAGAAACCCUCCAAACCAUCAGAUGCGUGUGGUUUGAUCCGCUGGAUGUUAAUGGUGAACCCGGAGCGCAGAGCGACUUUGGAGGACAUUGCCGGCCACUGGUGGGUCAACUGGGGCUUUGAGCUCCCUCUACUGGCUCAGAGUGAUCCUGCAACUGCACAUCCGGCUCCAGGACCAGCAGCUGUAGCGAGCCAAACCAGUGGAACGACUGGACCGACCCGCAUCGCGGACUGGCUGCGGCGCAGCUCUCGCCCCCUGCUGGAGAGCGGCUCUAAGAUGCGCUGCCUACUGCGGACAGGAGAGCCAGUGCAGAGGCAGCGCUCCUUACGCAGGUCUCGCAAAGAAAACAACAUCUCGCAGAGCAUGCAGGAGGCUCCUCGGCCCGCUAAAGGCAUCCUGAAGAAGAGGGGAAGCCUAAAACUGAAGGCGCCACCCGAACCCCAACUCAUGCCCUUAGAGGAGAAGAGCCCUAAUGCAUUAGUGGCCGCUGUCCUUCCUCCACCUCCGAAAGGCAUCCUAAAGAAACCUUCGGAAAGCGAGUCCGGCUGUUAUUCCCUCUCCCCACAGAACUCUGGUCAAACCCUUGAGAAUCCAUCGCCUGUUCCGCACCGCAAAGGAAUCCUCAAACGCCACAGCAAGUUUUCCGGCGGUCUGCAGGAAUUCGGCUCGCUGGAUCAGCUUGCACCGUGUUUGCCUGCGGUGGUGAACCGACCUCGACCUAGUGGAGCGGUUAGCGAAGACAGCAUCCUCUCCUCUGAGUCCUUCGACAGACUGGAUUUACCCGAGCGGGAGAUCCCAGUUGCACCAAUGGGGCGACCGUCAGGAAAACAGAGGAUGCGAGGAUGUGUUUCAGCAGACAAUCUCCUGGACCUGAAGGAGGACAGGACUCAGGGACACUGGGAGAUGGAGAUCGCCUACCGAGCAGGAGUGUCCGAUAGCAUUUUUUCAAUCACCGACUGUGAAAACGUCACGCAGACUUACAAGAAAGCUUUGGGAGCAAUCGCAACCUGAGAUGCAGAGAGACUAUGAAGUGCGGGAUCUCCAGGAAACAAGUCAAAGGAAUGGCAGAUGAGCGCUGGCAAGAUUUCAGACCCGACAGGAAGUGGGUUCUGACAGGAAACAGGAAGCCCUGUUUAGCGGACUCUUUGGUGGCGUUUUUGUGCCGACUCUCGUGGUUUUUAUCUGGUCAGCUGUCGAAUGAUGGCGACUGUUAUGCUUUGAAAUGUCUGUGGUUUUAAUGGACUCUUAAUGGUGUUGGCUACUAAAAUAAGAAAGUACCAAAGAUGAAUCUCACGUUCACCCAUUGUGAUCUUCUGUUUGUUUUAAAGUUGCCGUCUACAACUAAACGUUCUCCCAAUGCAAACAUUUAACGAUUGUCUGAAAGUGCUUCUGAAGAUCGAUCUCUGACUUUACAAUACGCGGACAUAAUAGUCUGUUAUGACUUAACAGUGCAGACUUUUGUUUUCCAUGAUAAGAACUCUUUCAGAUAAGAGUGUUUAAACUGCUGUAGAGCACACCGAGGUCUACAGAAUAAGAUCAAACUCCUCCAAAUCAUGUUGAGUAAUGGUGGUUUACUUUUUUGUUUUCGAGGGUGUGGGGAUAGCUCAGAAAGGGACGAAUGGUAUUUCAGUGUCAAAGGUUGUGUGAAUCCCCUGGAGUUUAUACAGUGUUCUCUGGGAUUCAUGGCAUGUCUUGGAGGUAAUGAGGUGCUUUUCUGUGUGUUUGGUGUCAUAUUUGAGUUUCUGCAUGUUUUUGUUUUUGCCAAAGUGCCUGAUUUAUCUGCCCUGAAUCAGCGGACCAAUAAAGCAGCACAAAAUGAA